GACUGUCCCUUUAAUCAGGGUCAGUUACUUGGCCCCGCCCCAUGUUCACUUCCCGUCCUCCUAUUGGUCAGGUGGAAUGUCGGUUCAGACAGCGAAGACGCACCAGUACGCACGUGCUUCCCUGAUUGAACGUCAAGAUGGCAGCGUCCGUGUGUCGGUGUUACGAGCUGAUUGGCAGGAAUGCCUUGGCUCUCUGCACACGAUCCUUGGUCUCUGCUACAUGGAAAAGAGAUGCCUACAGGUUACACAGGAGCCCGGCUGCAGCUGCGCAGGUCCGGUAUUCUUCAGGACGGAAAGGUUUUCUGGGGGAGUUUGUUGAUAAUCUUCGUCAGGAGUUCAGUAAGAACCAGGAGAUGAAGGAAAACAUCAAGAAGUUCAGGGAAGAGGCCAAGAAGCUGGAAGAGUCCGACGCCCUGCAGCAGGCCCGCAGGAAAUAUAAAUCUAUAGAGGCAGAGACGGUAAAGACUUCUGAGGUGUUUAAGAAGACCUUUGGCUCUCUGUCAGACACUGUCAAAGAGGGUCUAGAGGAGGUGACUCGUACAGAUAUAGGAAAGAAGAUCAAAGAAGGCGUGGAAGAGGCAGCGAGGACAGCCAUGCACUCUGCAGAGUCCGUGUCUAAGGGUGGAGAGAAACUGGGCCGGAUCAGCGCCUUCAAGGCCAUCUCACAGGGCGUUGAGUCCAUGAAGAAGGAGAUAGACGUCGGAGACGCUGGCCCCUACAGAGCUCCUGCUCAGCUGAGGAUGAGAAGUGAUUUUUCGUUUAAAGGGGCAGACAGUGACAGCAGAGUGUUUGAGGCCAAUGAAGAAGCUCUGGGGGUGGUUCUGCAUAAGGAUUCAAAGUGGUACCAGCAGUGGAAGGACUUCAAGGACAAUAAUGUGGUCUUUAACCGAUUCUUUGAGAUGAAGAUGAAAUAUGAUGAAAGUGACAAUGCUCUCAUCAGAGCAUCUCGAGCCAUGACUGACAGAGUUACUGACUUCUUAGGUGGCCUUUUCUCGAAGACAGAAAUGUCAGAAGUGCUGACAGAGAUCCUGAAGAUAGAUCCCAGGUUUGACAAGGACACUUUCCUCAAGCAGUGUGAGAAAGACAUCAUCCCAAACGUCCUGGAGGCUAUGGUCCGUGGAGAGCUGGAUGUGUUAAAGGACUGGUGCUAUGAAGCUACAUACAGGCAGCUGGCCCAUCCCAUCCAGCAGGCCAAGGCUCUGGGCCUUCUCUUUCAGUCCAAAGUUCUCGACAUUGAUAACAUAGAUUUGGCGAUGGGUAAGCUGAUGGACCAGGGCCCGGUGCUGAUCAUUACCUUCCAGGCUCAGGUCGUCAUGGUGGUCCGCAGCCCAAAAGGAGACGUUGUGGAAGGCGAUCCGGAGAAAGUGAUGAGGAUGAUGCACGUGUGGGCCCUGUGUCGGGACCAGGAGGAGCUGAACCCCAACGCAGCCUGGAGGUUGUUGGACAUCUCCGCCUCCAGCACAGAGCAGAUCCUCUAAUAGGAGGUCACAGGGGCUGCAGAUGAACGUCUCCUCUGUUGGACAAACUGUAAAGGAGGGCAGAGGACACAAACGUUGGGCUGGAAUCCGCUCCGGAGCAGAGCAAACCCCUUCUCUGUGCCGACUUUCCAGAAGAUUCAUGUGCACAUGUACAUAGUUGAUGCUUGAUCAUUCGCUGGAAUCUGCAUCCUGACUUAAACUUCAUUCUUGCUUGCUGUUCUUCGCAGUGCUUGGAUGGACAGAGAUAUAAGUAAAGCACCUAAACCUUCUUGUUAUUAAUGUCUGUUAAAACACAGAAUCACAAUACUGAAGACUUCAUCCUGUGCUGCUCCCCUUCCAGACUAGUGGUAAGAUUCAGAAAGAUCAUAUCUUGUAGGUGGACAAAGUGGACCUUCAUCUUUUAUGUCUGUUGAAGUUUUGAGAGAUGUGUCAAAGUGUCCCUAUAUUUUUAUCACUUUUCUUUUUGAACAUUGGAGGCAUAGCUUCAAAUUUGCAUUUGUGGCAGUAAACUCAACAUACCAAGGCACCAAGGAAAUGUUCUUCACACGAUUAACACUGAAGAAGUAAGUUCUAAUUUUUGGCAGAAACUAAAGAUGCACACAUCAGACGUUUGUGGCAGUUUUUGCUGAAUCUGGUUUUUCUUUAAGAUUUAGAGCAAGAUUCAAAAAUUAUGAUUUUUAUAGCAUUCAUGCCUUGAGCAAUCAGUUAUCAGGGCAAAGGUGACAUUAUGCAAUUGAAUGAAACAGAAGUUCCUCCAAAAAAUUGGUAUGUCCCAUUAUUGCUAAAACAUACUUCUGAAGUUUACCAUUUCGUAUCAGUAUUUAGUCUACCUAAACAGCACUUCCAUGUGUAUAUCCUAGACCUAGAGAAUGAAGAUCUUAACCUUACUUGAGGAUUUCUAAGAAACUGCCAACAUUUCCAAAUCAUGCUCAUAGAAAUGUAUAUUUGCUUUUGGUUCAGCCUUCCUGUUGCCCGCUGAAAGUCUUGCUCUCUCUCACUGUCGCAGCCUGAAAGAACCACAGACAUGUCUCGACCUGUCACUGAACUUUGCUUUCUUUCUAAUGGUUUCUUACAUUUUGUUUGUUUCAAAUGAAGUGCUUCUUCUGACUUCAUUUUAAACACACCACUGAAAAUAGCUACUGAUGAAUCUUCUCAGUAUUCAUAUUGAAGAAUGCUGUCAGCAAGAGUGUUCACUCAUUAGGCUUCUAAAAAUCAGGUGAUUCCGGUCAGAAGAUGACGACUUAAAUCAAAUAGCAGGAAAACAAUCCUCCUCUUGUGUAACCAUAACACAAAUGGUUUGACAUGUAAACCUGGGUGGAACUUGAUGAUCCGACGGACCUUUUCAGUCAAUGUUUCGGGUUUAUGAUUUUGGUUUUUUUUCUCUAGUGAAAUAACUUUUCCAAUCUCAACGAAGGCAGAAAUGAGAGCGAUUGUAAAUAGAUGUAGUAGAUCUUUGACUGUUGUUUUGCUUUUAUAUGCAGGUUUGUGGGUUUUAUUUCACACAUAAAAGUACCAUGAAAUUAGAUGAUUUGAAUAUAAAACAUUCCAAGAAACGAUGUAUUGAUUUAGUGCCACAGCUGCUCUUGGAUAACGAGUCUAUUAGUUACAUUAUCAGGAAUACCACACAUUAUGUUUUGUUAAGUUGCAGUGCAGUGUGUCCUUCUCUUAAUCUACAUCAUAACCUGCAAGUAAGAAGUGCAUUGUUUUAUUUCAUCAUUCAGGCAGCUUCAGGUUUCCAGAAUCGUUUAGUUCUACCAAAGUCCAAUCAUUCACCUGUUUGUCUUACACAACUGCUCUGUUUACGUUUCUGAAUGUGGCUUUUAAGCAAUGGUGACAAUUGAGUUUAUUACUGAACAGACUGCAUUGUUGUUUGAAAUAUUAUUGAUGUUUAAGUUGAGUCCAUUUGUGUCAACGAUGAUGCCAAAAUUCGUGGCUAUAUCCGACAGGCACAGCAUGCUCUUAUUUUGUUAGACAGGAAGUCUUGUAUGUAGGUUAAAAUGUCUAUUUGCUCAACUUAAAGGUAAAAUAUUUCAAUGAUACAUAUUUAGUGCUUUUACUGAUGCAAUAUGGUUCUCAUGCAAGAGUUUACACACAGCCUAUAAAACCCUGCCCACAGCAUAAUGCUUCCUCCUCCUUGUUUGACUGUGAGGUCAUGCUCAUCUCUUUUUUUCUCUUUCUCUCAAAAUGGGUGGGUUAAGUUUAUGCCAAAGAGCUCCAAUUCAUUUAGAUGUUCUCUUGCGAAUAUGUACACAUAACUUAUUCUCCAUGUACAUAAUGUAAUAUCAGAAUCCUGUUGGAAUAAAAUACAUUUUGUUUGUUCUGUCCUCAACACUUGCAUUUCUUCUGAAGCCAUAUUUUUUAUUCCAGAGUUUCUGCCAAACUUUUUAUGUCUUUUGGUUUUUGUUAAGUUAAGCAGAUCUUGUCAAAAUCUCAAAACAAAGCAGGCUAAUAUAAUUAUUUUUGCCUCCGCUUCCUCAGAGUCAGCAGCUCUGGGUGCAUCGCGUGUGUGCGCUUCUCUCUCAAGAACAAAUUAAACUCUGGACUUCCUGUG